CAGGAAAGAAGGACGCUCUCUAGACACGAGGAGGGAUGCAUCGAAUCGUGUUGAAAUGUUUUUCUAGAGUUUAGGAAUUCUACAGAACCUUUCAUAAUAGCGGAUUACAGUUUCCUGACAUGGAGCUGAAAUGGGCUCUUCUCUUGGGUCUCUUUCUCCCGUCAUGCAGUGGAUGUUCCUAUGGAUAUGUAUUUCAUAAAAGGAAAUGUGUUGAUGAGGAUGAGUGUGCUGUCUUCCCCGUCCUGUGUGGAGAUCACGCUCAGUGUGUGAAUACAGAGGGAAGUUACUACUGCAGAUGUCAUGAAGGGUUCGAAAUGAGCUUAACAGGACCGUGUAAAGACAUCAAUGAGUGUAAAGAUGCUCCAGAUGUGUGUGGCACAAACAGCAGCUGCUACAAUCAUCACGGAGGAUACAGCUGCAGAUGUGACCAGGGUUACAGUAAUUAUGGCCACAACCAGUCAAAAUGUAUCGAAAUGGACUGCAAUCAGUUUGGACCCUUGUCUGUAGACCACACGCCGGAGAAGUUGAAGCAGUUGAUGUCACUGUUGAAGAAGAGCUGUGAAUCUCUGAAUGAUCCACAUAGAGAACAUUUGACUGGAGAGGAGCUACUGCAGAACGUGUUCAAUUCCACUGAUGAGCUGCUGUCUGAAGGAACCAUCGCUGACGGUGAGACACUGAAUCAGUUUCUGGAUGCGGUGGAGAACAGCAUGCGUCUGAUCGGACCUCAGCUGAAACAGCCAGUGACCAGGAUGGAGACACACAACACCUUUGCUGAGGUUGCAGUCAUGCGGGGUCAGACUCCGCCCAGUGGGCGUGUCACUCUGAGCACGGACUCCGCCCUCUUCAGUGCCAGCUGGGAAACAGUUGUAGGGGAAUCAUAUCCAGGUUUUGUGUUUGCAGCUCUGGUCAGUUAUAAAGAUCUGAACUCAUCCAGUGAUCUGCUCCAUACAAUUAGCAGAGAGAGACCAGAUGAUGAAGAGAGAGGCGUCAGUUAUCAACUCAACUCUAAAGUGGUGACAGCCGUCGUCAGUAAUGCAGAAACCAAGCAGCUGUCAGAGCCGGUGAUGCUCAUCUUUACACACGAGGAGGAGAGGGCGGAGUCUAGGGGUGUGGCUUACUCCUGUGUGUACUGGGAUGCAGAUGAGCAGGCGUGGUCUGGGCAGGGCUGCGAGGGGGCGGAGUCUAACAGCACUCAGACAGUAUGUUACUGGUCUCAUUUCAGUAGUUUCGCUGUGCUCAUGGCUCUCUAUCCUCUCCAGGACUCGUUUGAGUUGGUGUUGAUCACUCGAGUGGGUUUAGUUCUGUCUCUGGUCUGUUUGUCUCUCUGUAUCCUCACGUUCAAGUUCUGCCGCUCCAUCCAAGGAACCCGAACCAGCAUUCAUCUCCAUCUGAGCAUCUCUCUCUUCAUCGCAGACCUCGUCUUCCUCUGUGGGAUCUCCAGCACUCACAAUCAGGUAGGGUGUGGGAUUGUGGCCGGUCUGCUUCACUUCUUCUUCUUGUCUGUGUUCUGCUGGAUGCUGCUGGAGGGGGUUCAGCUCUACCGGAUGGUUGUGAUGGUGUUUAACACCACAUUAAAACACCUCUACAUGUAUCUGGUGGGAUAUGGAGCCCCUCUCGUCAUUGUCAUCAUCUCUGCCAUCACCUUCCCAGCGGGAUACGGCACCAAACGACACUGCUGGCUCUCUCUCGAUCGCUCUUUUAUCUUGAGCUUCUUCGUUCCCGUCUGCAUUGUCGUGAUCCUCAAUGGUUUUGUCUUCAUCAUCACCAUCUGGAAACUGGCCAAAAAGUUCUCCAGCCUCAAUCCAGACCUCUCCAGUCUCAAGCAGAUCAGGAGCUUUACGAUGACCGCUGUGGCUCAGUUGUGUAUUCUUGGAGGAACCUGGAUCUUCGGCUUCUUCCUCUUCCAGGAGAAAGGGACUGAAGUCAUGUUGUACCUCUUCAUCAUCCUCAACAGCCUCCAGGGGGCGCUCAUCUUCAUCAUGCACUGCCUGCUGUCCAAACUGGUCAGGACUGAGUAUUACAAUCUGUUCGUCCGAAUGUGUCCACAGAAGAAGAAAGCCGAAUACAGUACCAUCAGCAGUCAGAAACCUCCACGGAGCGAUAACAGCACAGUAGAGACACACAUUUAAAGCGCUUGUCAUGUGCUGAUGGAUUUUACAAACUUUUGAACACUUUUUUUAUCACUUGAACACUUUCUGUGACAAAUGAAGACGUUUCAGUUCAACAGAGAAUCUGAAAACUGCUGUAAGGAUACUGAUAAGGAAUCAUCACAUAUUUGACUGGAGUCUGAGCUAUAGGCCUGCCAUGGGAAGAUCUAAAUUAGAUCACGCCAAUAAAUGAACAAAGUAUUGAAUAUUUUCUGUUUUCUGUUAUGCAUGUAGAAAAUCUUACAUUUUAGAUUAAACAAAAGGCAGCUUGUUUAAAAUGAUGUUUUAUUAUGUUGAGGAUGAUCUUGUUUUGAUUGUCACAAAACUGUAUAAAGUCUAUACAAACGACCCUCUAGAAAUAAUAGAAGUAUGAGAAAUGAAAGUGAAACAGUAGUUUGGUUUUAAACAGGAUAGUUUAUGUUGACUUUAAAAUACAUAAAUUAUAUAGAAAUGCUGUCAUAAUGUUGAUGUAUGAUGUUUGUAUACAAAUAUUGCCUGAAUUUAAUAAAAACAAUUCUGUAAUUAUGCUGACAAUCAAACUAAAACAUCUUUACUGAGAAACAGUAAUCUUGAUUUUGAGCUCAAGCAUUUCCAGCUUGUCUUUGUCAUCUUUAAUUUGAACAAGCAGCAGUUACCCUCUCAGUUACUCUUGUCAGAAAACAUGUGGAGAAAGAGCUGGAGUCUCUCACACUGAGCAGGAGAAUGAGACCUGCAGAAGGGAAAACUAGUGGAAACUUCUGGAAAGGGCUAAAUAAACAUUCAAGAGACAGACAGAGAUGGACAGAUACUCUUAUACUCUGAGGGAAAUAAUGCAUAAACAUGAUUACAGAAAUGAUUUCCUGAAAUGGACUUCUCUGGAUUAGUACAUUGUUUCACUUUCAUUUGCUGCCAUUUGUUUCACACUCAUCCGUCGCCCCACUUCAGGUCGGAGAAGAGGAACGCAUAUAAAGAAAAGACACAAACUCAUGUUUUAACAACAAGUAGUGCAUUAACAAUCAGGUAAAUGUGUAUGUGCACUUCUGUUUUUGGACGACAAGCGUAAUCUCCACAGGAUGAUGUGGGUAAAGAUGUGCAGUGGUUUCCACAUCCUGUGCAUCAUAAAAAAACAAAAACAAACGAAAAACAGAGAUUCUCUGUGGUUGUUUAUGUAAUGAAUCUCAAAUGUAUUUAUUAUUAAAGGGGUCAUACAACAUUGGU